CAAUCGCAACGCUUGCUCUUGUGAUUAGCUUCAGGUCCUACUCAUAGUCUCAUACAUAUAUAUACGGUGCGUUUCUAAUUAAGUGACAGUGAGGAGGGUGGCUUUCCAUGUAAGAUAAUUAAGAUCUCACCAAGAAUUCUAUUAGCUCGUCGUCAAAUCAAAGGAAACUGAGAGAGCGAAAGUGAGGAGUGGGAGAAUCAUGGACAAAUUGUAUGGGUUGAGCCAUCUCUUUAUGACGGUAUUUCUUCAUAACUUCUCCACAUUCAUGGUGGUACCAGCCAUCACCGAUGUCACAAUGGCUGCGCUUUGUCCCGGACAAGAUGAAUGCUCACUCGCCAUCUACCUCACUGGUUUUCAACAAGCGAUGAUAGGGCUGGGCACGAUUGUGAUGAUGCCCCUCUUGGGUAAUCUAUCGGAUAAGUAUGGGAGGAAGGUCAUUCUCACUGUCCCUAUGACCCUCACAAUAAUUCCCAUAGGCAUAUUAGCUUACAGCAGGACGAGACAAUACUUCUACGCGUACUACGUGUUUAAGAUACUAAUUUCAAUGGUUUGCGAUGGAAGUGUUCCUUGCCUCGCACUAGCUUACGUGGCAGAUAACAUUCCAGAAGGUGGACGAGGCACUGCGUUCGGAAUUCUAUCAGGAAUAGGGUCUGCUGCAUUCGUGUGUGGCACCUUAUCAGCUCGAUUCCUAUCCACUGCCUUAACUUUUCAAGUUUCCACUUUUGUCGCGGUGAUCGGAGCAGUGUACAUGCAGUUUUUCCUUCGUGAUUCCGUCAUUGAUGACAACUACCUUUAUUCCCCAAUCAUUUCACAAGCAAAACCCGCAUCUUCUAAAAUUGAUGGAAAACCGAAAAGCAACAUGGAUCUUUUUAAAGCAUUGCGCUCUUUGAAGGAUUUAACCUCUUUCCUUAAUAGCAGCUUAACUAUUACUCAAGCAGCAAUUGUUGCAUUCUUCAGUAACCUCGCAGAUGUUGGUCUUCAUGGUUCAUUGAUGUAUUUCUUAAAGGCUCAAUUUCAUUUUGACAAGAAUCAGUUUGCUGACUUGAUGGUCAUUUCUGGAAUUGCAGGGACUGUGUCCCAGCUUCUGAUCAUGCCCAUUUUGGCUCCUAUUUUGGGAGAGGCAAGGCUGCUUUCAAUUGGACUAUUCUUUCAUUGUGUACAUAUGUUCCUUUACAGCAUAGCAUGGUCCUCCUUGGUUCCUUAUGUUGCUGCUAUGUUCUCAAUCUUGUUUGUUUUCUCACAGCCUUGUAUACGAAGUAUUGUGUCAAAACAAGUUGGGUCUCAUGAGCAGGGAAGGGCUCAAGGUUGCAUAUCGGGCAUAUGUUCAGUUGCACAUAUAGUUUCUCCCUUGGUUUUCUCUCCAUUAACAGCACUCUUCCUGUCUGAAAGGGCACCCUUUGAUUUUCCUGGCCUCAGUAUUAUGUGCAUUGGAUUUGCUUCGAUGGUAUCUUUUGUGCAGAGUAUAAUGCUAAGAGUGGCUCCUCCCAUUUUGAGUUAGUAGGAGAAAAAUUGAUUGGAGCCUUAAAAAAAAGAUCGUGAAUAUUAUUGUGUGGAACCAUUCCUCUUCCAUUCAAGCUUUGCCUUUAACCGUGCUUGUGAUGAGGAAACAAGAUGCUAAAAAAAAUAUAUUGUUAAAAGUAGAUAUUUGAGAAGCUUUAGUAGUCUCUUUUUAGUAGACAUUUUAUUUCUCUGUUCAUCUCUUAUGAUAUUUAAAUCAAUAGAUAGAAGGGUAAAUUUUUUACUCUUACUCUUUCAUUAGUUAUGUUGUUGUAAUUUAGAAACAGAGAUAAGAUAUGCAAGUGCAACAUAUUAUGUCUUUAAUGCUAUCCUCUUUGUAA